CAGAGCGGGGCUAUGGCCGGCGGCGCGGGACGGGCUGGUCCCGGCCCGGAGGAGUCGCUGUGCUGCUGCGAGUACGUGGCCCGCGGCGGGGAGCGCGCGCACCUGGCAGCGGCGCUGUGCGACUGCCAAGACCUGGACGAGGGCUGCGACAGGUUGCUGACGUGCAGAUCUCUGCCCCCGGGAAUGCUGGAACGAAUCGCAGACACUGUCUCAGACCGCUUCCGCAUCCCCUGGUUUACAGGGGCUGUAAAGGUCAAUGUCAGCCUCAUCCCCCCUCUGGUCUUGCUGCCCAUCUUCCUCCAUGUUGCAGCUUUGCACUUCCUGUUGGCUUUUGUCAUCCUGGCAUCCCUUCCUAUCGUGGUGCUGUGGUACUACUACCUCACCCACAGGCGGAAGGAGCAGACUCUCUUCUUCUUAAGCCUGGGCCUGUUCUCCCUGGGCUACAUGUACUACGUGUUCCUCCGGGAAGUGGUGCCCCAAGGCCACGUGCACCAUGCUCAGGUGGCUCUCCUCACCUGUGGGCUGGUUCUCAUGCUGGUGGCCUUGUCUCGAGCCAAGAGAGACCCUGGCUACCUUCCCAGCUGUACAAGCAGUGACAAAUCACCGUGUCAAGGCAGCACCGAGUUGCCAAGCAGGAAAGUCCUGGGCAUUGCCAGUGGGCUCCAGGGAGCAGCUGGGCCUGGUGUCCCCAGCAGCCGUGUUGUGAAUGGGGACACCAAGGGCUAUUCCCGAACACCUGCUGAGGGAUCCGCCGAGGCAAAGGAGGACUGGUGCCCCAAGUGCCAGGUGGUUCAGCCAGCCCGAGCUGGGCACUGCCGGCUGUGUGGCAGGUGUGUACGGAGACUGGACCAUCACUGUGUCUGGAUUAACAACUGUGUCGGGGAGCAGAACCACCAAGCAUUCAUCCUCGUACUCUCCUUCUUCCUGCUCACGGCUGUGUACGGGAUCGUGCUGACCCUGAACACCAUCUGCAGAGGCCAGGCCACAUUCUUGGCGCUGUUCUACUGCCCAGGGGUCUAUUCAGACUACAGUUCUGCUCUGUCAUUUACCUGUGUGUGGUACUGCACCAUUGUGACGUCUGGCAUGGGCUACAUCCUCCUCAUCCAGCUGCUGAACAUCAGCUACAAUGUGACCGAGAGGGAAGCUCGGAUGGCUCUCCGGGACAACACUGGGCGUCGACUUUUGGGCGGGUUGGUGGUAGAUACGGGUCAGUAUAACCGAGGUUUCCUAUGCAACUGGGGCCAGUUCUUGAGUCUGGGGUCACCUGCCCCACUGCGUUGUGCUGAAGACAUAGUGUGAAUGCGGCCUUCUUGCUGAUCACAUUGACUUGCAGUGGAAGUGAAUGCUGCCUUCCUUCCACUGGGCUCCCAACACUAUUUCAUUCUGGGUUGACUUGCGGGCUGCUCAUAUCAGCAUCUAAAGAGGCACUGAAAGGCAGAUGCUUCUCACAGGCUGGCAGCCAGCAGCAGGUAGCAUAACCAGUUAAGCCAUACACACAGACUGUGGGGUUGGGGAGAAGACACCAUCCUUCUUUCCUGCUCAUCUCCAUCAUAAAGUGAUUUGUGCACAGGGUUCACCAGGCUGGCACAGGACUUAGAGCCUGGGCUCUGGCAGGUCUGCACUCAUGCAUCAAGAUCGAUGCCAUCCAGUGCCGUACUUCAAGGCCUCAUUGUAGGGGUCAGGAUGAAGUCCCUUGCUGUUCCUUCCACCCCUUUUUCACCCACAUGCAAUAUUUUGCAGCUGAGUGGAUGCCUGGAGCCAAGAGCAAACCUGCCCACUGCCUGGGGCAGGGUUUCAGAUGGCUUGGAGGAUAUUUAAAAAGGGCACCAUCUAGUGGUUGCUUUUUUUUCCUGUUGGACCCCUCCCUUCUCUCUUGUGCAUCAUUCUCCAUCUUUCCUUCCAUCCAUCAGUGUUAGUGCUUCUAUUAAGUGCCUUUGUGAGCAACACAACUCUAGGGUUGUCUGAAACCAUCUCGGCUCUUAGCCUGCCAAAAGGUGUUAUUCCAUCCCUGUCUGUGACAGAGUGAGAAGGGAAGACUGGUCCCAUUUCAUGCAAUAGUCCUCUCUCAUCUCUGGCGCCCUGGGGAGACUGAGUUAAUCCCAGGACUUGACUUGAUUUCCUUGAAAUAUUUUUAGCUCUGUUGGCAACUUCAGUCAUCAGAGAGCUGGUAAAUAUUUUCCAAGGAGGAAAGCUGUCAGUUCCUAAGUAACUUAGUAAGUAGUAUGUUGUAGUUGUAAUGGACCAGGGAGAUGACAGAAGCAAGAUUUGUGACAUGAGAUCAUAUAUCUUUUCUUGGCCCACCUUGUAGAGAUGGGAAGAUGACAUUUUAGGCUAGAAGUGUUGUGUCAGGACUGGCAGAGCAAGUCACAUUCCAAGCUAAGGACAAGCAAUUAAAAUAAUUGCUUUAGUUUAACCAAAUUUGGUUAAUGAAUUUGACCAUGUGAAAAGGAGGGGGGUGUUAGUCAACUGUGGGCCACUUCCCUCAGGUGGUAAAGUUCAUGAACAAAAUUCUAACAUGCUUUCUGUUCUUAGUUCCCUCUUGGAGCGUGACUGCCUCUUCCCCAGACAUGAUGAAGUUUGCAUCCUAUCUCCCUAUAAGUAGGUCUAAUAAGUAGCUCUGGAGAGGAGCUGGUCUUUGAGGGUGGGCAAAUAGUCCCUUGUCUGAUGAUGCUACUGCCUUUAUAAUGACCUCUGUCCUCAUCAGGAGGAAGGGUGUGUGGGGGGGUGGUGGUGGUGGGGUUGUCUUCUCCUGGUAGCAUCAUUUCAAUCCUUCUAUUCUAUGAUUUGUGAUAGAUGGCUCCCCACAGAAAUUCUGCAUUUUGGCUCCUUCUCUUCCAUUCAUUGAGAAUUUGUAUGGGUCCUGAUAAUCAACCUGUUUUUCAAAGGAGCCACAAAGGUGAGAACAGAAUGAUCCUAGAAGCAGGGGCUGAAGGAAGGACCCCAGAGGAGGCACCUGAAUGAAAACACCAGCUUGGUGUGGUGCUAGAUGAUCUGAUGUCUUGCUUCACCUGCACUUCCCUGGGCUUCUAUUUCAGGCAAAAUGUGUGAGCUGGUGUGUUUUCAAUCAGUAUGGUUAUGAAACACCUUCAUAAUUUGGCAUAUGUGGCUAGAAAAGCCCAGGACUUUGAGAGCAAAGCAGUACUAAUGAGCUGAGCAGAGCUGAGAUGCAAGAGUAGAGAUGGGAGGAAUUUUGCUCUAAUUACUGAUAAAUGUUCACUCCAUUACUUAGUUACCUGUGCUGGAAGACAGCAUGGGGCUGCUUGGAGACUGGAAUUUGGCACAAGAAGCUGUCCCUUCCAAACAGCUGGUAGAGGCCUUUGGUAAAGAAUGUGGAGGGCCAAGUUUGUCUUACUACUGUAACUUUGGCCCCCAGAACUGUCAGCUCAACACCUUUCACAACCAUUGUACGUACUUGCAACACACUGCCUAAAUUAAGUUGAAAUAAUGACACUUUGCACUGUUCUGUUCUUUGUAGCAGCGUGUGUGCUUUCCAUAACGCAGAGGUAAUUGGUGAGUCUUAGCGGGCUGUUGCGCUUGGAGCCCAGAGAUGUGGAAAGAACUUUUAUUUGAUUUCUUUUUUGUGAAUAGUUCUUUCUCACUUCCUUCCUCUGACUGGGGAUGACCCAAGGAAAGUGGAGACUCCAGCCCCCUGCUGAUCCCUGAUGCAAAAUGAAGAUCAGUUGCACAUCUUGUGUUAAUCCCUCCAGCAGCUAGGAGAGACUCAGAUUUCAUCUGGGACUGGAAGUCUGAGCCCAGGGUCAUGCUUGCAUCAAAAGCUUUACGUCCAUGCUAAUUAGCUGCAAGUGUUUCCAUAGCAAGAAUGUGUAUAGAGGGGGCCUGCUGGGAUAUGCUGAAAUCAAGGGGGAGCCUGUAGGGAGGGGAAUCUUUAUGGCACUGCACUGAUCUCUCUACCUUGGCUCGACAGCAGGAAAGUAGUUUGGCACACCUCUUUCCUGUUGGGACUUUGGAAAGGCUUGAGAGAGAUGCCUUCUGAGCCAAAAAUUUAAAAAGGCACUUUGAAGGUGCAUAGUUUAGAGCACAGAAUGGGGUGGGGAGGGUGGCUUCCCUUCCCUUCCUUGCUCCAGGCUUCCCUCAAUCAAAUGAGGGAACCGGCGUGCUGGUUUGUGUGUACAGCAUCCUUUUGUAGUGGGAAUCAGAACUGCCUGGACACAGCCUGGAUUUUUGCAGCAGCAGAUCUGUGGACUCUCCGUAUGGAG